CGCGUUCCCCGGCCUUUUUGGACCGCAAAGCUCUGUUGCUAUCUCGCACUUCUUUGCCUGCACGAUGAUUUGACCCAACCUUUGAUCCAAAUCACCGAUAAGUCUUUGUCAUCUCCCAUAUUCUCAACUUUACCCCUGGCGCCGUCUUGGACCCGUGCCCGAUCCUGUUUUCAGACGCAGCAUAUUAACACCUGCUGCAUCGUGAAGCUCCUCGGGGCACUUUUCUUCGAUACCGGUCGCGUGGAGGUAUCCUAACGCCUUGAAGCAUCAUGCAGCUUACCGAGAACGAAGCGACGGAGGUCAAGCAGUGGGUGGUGAGGAAACUGGAGGACAUAUCGGAUGCCGACUCUGAUGUGCUCGCUGAUUAUGUCUUGGCGCUGAUCCGCACCGAUGCUCCAGACGAGGAGAUCAGGAAAGCUUCGGUGGAAAACCUGGAGGACUUUUUGAGAGAACACACGGUUCAGUUCGUUGACGAACUCUUCACAACCUUUGCGCCCAAACCGCAACCGGUCCAAGCCACGCCAUAUGCGCAGGUUCAGUCCUCGUUGUCCCAUGAUGGUCCUGCGCCGGGUUCCGCUUCCCAGCAGUCGCAGUCGUUCGCACCCCCGUCCGGUCCCUCGAAUGGUCCUUAUGGACCGUCGAUGGGCGGCAUUCCCCAGACGCAGACCGAGCACUCCAACUUUAAUCGCAAGCGUAGCUUCCAUGAAGGAUUCCAAGGGGAUCAAGAACGCGACGACGCCCCUCACCAACGCACAUAUAAGACCCCGCGCCGGGGACGUGGCGGUGCCCGAGGCGAUUGGAUGGGCAGGGAUGGCGGCCGUGCAGGACCGGGUGGUCCAGGGCAAUUUCACCCCGGUGCGGCGGGAUUCCCGGUUAUGCCUCAUGGGUUCCCGGGUUUCGACCAGAAUGAUCCCAUGGGGGCGAUGAUGGCUCUACAGACCAUGGGAUUUCCCCAGAUGCCCGGGAUGCCUCCGAUGCCUAUGCCGCCCGCGGGCGCCGGCCCUGGCCAACAACCGGAUAAGUUGCCCAAGAGUUCGGAGCGGUGUCCGUUCUAUGAAACCCAGGGGAUCUGCUAUCUCGGCGCUACCUGUCCGUACCAGCACGAUGUCAUGCCUGGGAUUUCCAAGAACGAUGAGUACGACCCGAAAUCUUCGAAUCUCAUCACCGACUUCCAACGGCGCACAGACCCGCCUAUGCGAGGCAGCGAACGAGGUCGUGGUCGCGGUCGUGGAGGAGACCGUGGCGGUUUCGGAGGCCGUGGACGUCGGUCUGAAUUCUCUGCUGCUGGUCCCAACGAGGAUACUUCGAUUGCGACCAUUGUCGUGGAGCAGAUUCCCGAUGAUAAGCUGGAUGACGCCAAUAUCCGGGAAUUUUUCUCACAGUAUGGUGAAAUCGAGGAGAUCUCUCUACAGACCCACCGGCGACUGGCCUUGAUCACCUACGACAGCCACGCGGCGGCCAAGCGGGCCUGGUCCAGCCCGAAAGUGAUAUUUGACAACCGGUUUGUCAAGGUCUACUGGCAUCGGCCCAAGGGUGACCGGAAUGGCGAUCAACGGCCUCCCGCCGAUGCUAUGGACGAGGGUCCAGCCUUCAACCGAGAGGAGUUUGAGAGACAGCAAGAGGAAGCCCAAAGGGCCCACGAGGAAAAGCUGAAGAAACGCAAGGAAACGGAGGAAGCGAAGGCAGCUCUGGAGCGACAGCGCGACGAACUCCUCAAGAAGCAGCAAGAAGAGAAGCUCCGUCUGAUGCAGAAGCUCGGCGCAAAAGAUACCAGUGACGGCAGCGCCUCCGCCUCCCCUGCGGACGAGGGUCAAUCGCAGGACGAUGUGAGCGACCAGACCCGAACGCUUCGCGCGCAGUUGGCGGCCCUCGAAGCGGAAGCCAAGAGCCUCGGAAUCGAUCCCAACGGCUCUGGGGGCUCCCAGUAUGCGUACCGUGGCCGCGGACGGGGAUUCCCCGGCCGAGGCGGAUUCCCUCCUCGUGGACGCGGCUACGACCCGUCCUACCGCGGUGGAUACCGGGGACGCGGUGGCAUGGCUCGUGGCCGGGGUGGUGUUCUUCGUCUGGACAACCGACCCCGCCGCGUGGCCAUUUCGGGGGUGGAAUUCAACUCGGAGAAGGAUGAGGCCUUGAGACAGUUCCUGAUUGGCGUCGGCGAGUACGAAUCUAUCGAACCCAAUCCCGAGCAACCUGACUCGGUCAUCGUGGCUUUCAAGGAACGGUACCUGGCCGAGAAAUUCAUGUUUGGGGCCCGUGACAUCCCAUCGGUGGGCCAAGUGCAGCUCAGCUGGGUGGCAAACCCCCCGAUCAGUCUUCCUGCUGGGGGACCAUCUUCGGGUCCGGGUUCCGAUACCAACAAGACCGGGUCGGACGAGGACACGACGAUGGACAAUGCGGACCAGACCGUUGGACGGAAAGAGGUGCCUCAUGAUGUGGAUUACGAUGUGGCAGAGGUGGAUGACAGCUGGGGAGUGGAGUAAAUAGAUACCUCGGGGGGUCGGAUAUUUGGAGUGUUAUGAUGGCUGGAUAGAUCAGAGAUUUCCUUUCUUAAUUCCUUUUGUGGCAGGCGUCUUGAGUGGCCGGGAAAAUUGUUGUUGCAUCAGUUUAUAGGCAGUUUGUUCGCAUUCUCUUCUUCGAUGAUAGACUGGUAUGCUACUUAGAUAGCCAGCCAGGUAGGAGUCCUGUACUUUACAUACUGUAGUAGAUCAUGAUGGACAUAUCUAGUGUUCAUAUCAAUCCAUCCAUCCAUCC